AUGAGGUGGACAGUGGUGCUUCUGCUCUGCAUGGCCCGGCCGGCCCAGGGGCUGCUCAGAAUCCCCCUGCGGCGCUUCACCCCGCUGCGCUCAGCGCUGCGCUCCGCCCAGACGCUGGAGGCCUUCCUGCAGGAGCGGCGGCCCGACGCCUACAGCCGCCGGUACUCCCAGUGCCUCCCGCGGAGCUCCGCCGUCAGGCUCGGCACCAGCACCGAGAGGCUCUACAACUUCAUGGACGCUCAGUAUUACGGAGAGAUAAGCCUGGGAACGCCGCCGCAGAACUUCACCGUAGUGUUCGACACGGGAUCGACGGAUCUGUGGAUCCCCUCCUCCUACUGCAUCAGCGAGGCCUGCCUCAUGCACCACAGAUUCAAGGCCUUCAAGUCCACUACCUACUCCCAUGACGGCAGGGUGUUCUCCAUCUACUACGGGUCUGGCCACCUGCUGGGUGUCAUGGCCAAGGACACGCUGAAGGUUGGAAACAUGUCCGUGGUGAAUCAGGAGUUUGGGGAGUCUGUGUACGAGCCAGGCUUCGUCUUCGUCAUUGUGCGGUUCGACGGGAUCUUGGGCCUGGGGUACCCCUCCCUGUCCGAGGAGAUGGGCACCCCUGUUUUCGACAACCUGGUGGCCCAGAAGCUGGUGGAGAAGCCCAUGUUCUCCUUCUACCUCAGCAGGAAGGAGAACACCAUGGAGCCCCAGGCACAGCUGCUGCUGGGGGGGGUGGACCCAGCCCUGUACACGGGCCCCCUCACCUGGGUCCCCGUCACCAAGAAGGGCUACUGGCAGAUCCUGGUGGACAACAUUAAGGUGCAGGGCACCAUAGCCUUCUGCCCCCAGGGCUGCCAGGCCAUCGUGGACACGGGGACGUCGUUCAUCAGCGGGCCCUCCAGCGACAUCCUGCUGCUGCAGCAGUUCAUCGGAGCCACGCCCACCUCCAUCGGAGAAUACCUGGUUGACUGUGCCAGGCUCUCCAGCCUGCCCCAGGUAGCCUUCACCAUUGGCGGGGUGGAAUUCACCCUCUCUGCCGAGUCCUACGUGCGGAAGGAGACGGUGGGCGGGCGGCAGUCCUGCUUCACCGGGUUCCAGGCGAUGGACAUCCCCUCCCCUGCCGGGCCCUUCUGGAUCCUGGGCGACGUGUUCAUCGCCGAGUUCUACACCGUCUUCGACCGCGCCCAGGACCGGGUGGGCUUCGCGCGGGCUGUCUGAACCCAAAUCUCUCCUGUCCCACCGGGGGAACAUCACCAACGUGCACCGAACAGCCUCUCCCACACGUACAAAUAAUGUGCUGUUUACAGCCUUUAAGGGAGUAUUUUCAACAUAUUUUCAACAUAUG